UUUCUUUCUUCUGAGUUUCUUUUAGAGGAAGAUUAGUUUUUAAAAAGAUGGGUUUGGAUUAUUACGACAUAUUGAAAGUGAAUAAGAACGCAACCGAAGAUGAUCUAAAGAAAUCUUACAGACGAUUGGCUAUGAAAUGGCAUCCUGACAAAAACCCUAACACCAAAACAGAAGCUGAAGCCAAGUUUAAGCAGAUCUCUGAGGCUUAUGAGGCAAGUCUUGUUCUAAGUGAUCCGCAGAAGCGAGCGGUAUAUGAUCAAUAUGGGGAAGAAGGACUGAGCGAUAUGCCGCCUCCCGGGAGCACGGGAAACUGCGGAAGAGCGGGAGGUUUUAACCCAAGAAAUGCAGAAGAUAUAUUCGCAGAGUUCUUUGGAAGUAGUCCAUUUGGGUUUGGAUCAGCCGGUGGUCCUGGGAGGUCAAUGAGGUUUCAAUCCGACGGAGGAGGAGGAAUGUUUGGCGGAUUUGGUGGCGGAAACAACGGAAGCGAAAACAAUAUAUUCAGAACUUACAGCGAAGGCACUGCGCCUAAGAAACCUCCACCGGUUGAGAGCAAAUUGCCUUGUAGCCUUGAAGAGUUGUAUUCUGGAUCAACUAGGAAAAUGAAGAUCUCUAGAUCCAUUGUUGAUGCUAACGGGAGACAAGCACAAGAAACAGAGAUUCUGACGAUUGUUGUGAAACCGGGAUGGAAGAAAGGGACGAAGAUCAAGUUUCCGGACAAAGGAAAUGAGCAAGUGAAUCAAUUACCAGCUGAUUUAGUGUUUGUAAUCGACGAGAAACCGCACGAUUUGUUCAAGAGAGAUGGGAAUGAUCUAAUCACAAGCCGAAGAGUAACGCUUGCAGAAGCUAUAGGAGGAACAACUGUGAAUAUCAACACGCUCGAUGGACGGAAUCUACCCGUUGGUGUCACGGAAAUCGUAAGUCCAGGGUAUGAGUUUGUGGUUUCUGGAGAAGGGAUGCCAAUAGCUAAAGAACCAAGAAACAAAGGCGAUCUCAAGAUCAAAUUCGAUGUUCAGUUUCCUGCAAGAUUGACAACAGAGCAGAAAUCCGCACUCAAGCGGGUCUUAGCGGGUUGAAGAACUGAGAUCUUUCUUCUUGUAAUCUGUACAAAUCUUUGAUUGUGUUGAAUUCAAACUUAUAUGCUUAAUAGACUCCAUUAUUCAAA